AUCCCCGUGAAGAGAGGUUCAGGCAUUUCAGACUCCAACUGAAAAUCUCCAAGAUAUUGCUUCAAAAUGAAUAAACAAGAGUUGGAUUUUGAGAAAGCGGUAGAAGAUGUCAAUAACCUGGGUAAAAAGCCACAAGACGAAGAACUACUUGAGCUUUAUUCCUUUUAUAAACAAGCCACGAUGGGUGAUGUCACGACGGAACGUCCGAUGUUUCUCGACUUCAAAGGAAGGAAGAAGUGGGACUCGUGGUAUGAAAAACGAGGUAUCCCAGCCACUCAAGCAAAAAUUCAAUAUGUGGCAGUUGUCAAAGCCUUGACCGGAAAAUAUGGUUUGAAACCACCAGAAGAAACUGCAGCUCCCACUAAUUAAAGAUUAUCGUCGCAUCUUAGACAAUUACAUUAUUUCUUUAUCGGCCAAUAUGACAUCGACAUCACCUCAUCCUCUCUUCACUGAAUCGACUUGGGUCAGGACCUCGUGAAAACGGAUUCUGCGG